AUGAAGUUUAUUAAAGAAAAUAAGGAGUGUAUCAUUACUACAAUCUAUGUGAGAUGUAGUGCUUUGGAGAGAUUAGAAUUAUGGGAGGAAUUGAAGUAUAUUGCGGACAAUCAUCAAGUACUAUGGAUUAUAGGGGGUGAUUUCAAUGUUAUACUUGCAUCUGAUGAGAAAUGGGGAGGAUUGACUUUCACUCAGAAUGAAGCUACGAAUUUUGACAGUUGCAUCAAUAACUGUGCAUUGAAUGAUGUUAAUUACUAUGGCAGCAGAUAUACUUGGUGGAAUGAAAGAAUUAAGGAGGAAUUUCAUGCAAAAAUAAAAAGAGUCAAAAAAGUUUUAUCAGAAUGGAGCAGAUUAACCUUUGGCAAUAUUUUCCAAAAUAUUGCCACGCUGGAGGAUGUCAUAAAGGUUAAAAAGGUGCAAUUUGAAAUUCAACCUUUAGCAGAUAAUCGUACACAUAUUCAUAAGACGAAAGUGGAAUUAAAAAGAUGGAUGGAGAUUGAAGAGGAUUUCUGGAAACAAAAAGCUGGGAUGAGAUGGUUUUCAGAAGGGGACAAAAACUCUUAA